AUGGCCUAUUAUAAUAACACCAGCAAUAUACCCUGUAAAUACUUUCAACAGGGGAAAUGUAACCGAGGAAACAGCUGCAAGUAUGCACACGUCUAUGCCAACAACAACAGUGCGAAACAAGACUCAGGAACAGCAAUGUCUGAAGCAGAUUUGUACAAGAGCUUUAUCAAUGCCAAUUCUUUUUCGAAGAUUGAGAAGACUGUGAUUAACGAUUUGAAGGACUCCGAGUUAUUUCAAAAGAGCCCUCUAAGUAGUGCCUACAGUUAUGGACCGCCUUGUGCAGUAAACUUGGUCCAGGAUAGAGACCUUUCCGCAGAAGAGGCGAGAUUCCAGUUUUAUCAGGCUCGCCAGAACGGCACAUCAAACCAAUAUGAAGUCGAGAUGUCAGCUAGAGGGAAGGAUAUGGAGAAAUGUUUCUCACAUAUAAGGUCUCAUCCCGAUUGGGCUGCCAGAUUUAUGCAAAAGAGCACUAGGGAACUUAAAGAGACUGGUCAGUUGACGAUGAAAUCUGGUUUUAUCAACUUUCCAUUGGAUCUAAGUGGGCAGUCUGGAAGUACGAUGAACACGUCGUCCACUUUUGGCCAAAAUCCAUUUACUCAAACCUCAAGUACAUUUGGUAGUACAUCGGGAGCCUUUGGUCAAGGAACGUCUCAAAAUAACAGCCAGCCAUUCAGUUCUGGUGGAACAAGUGGCGCUUUUGGCGGUCCAAGCAGUACAGGUCAAGGUUUAGGAGGCGUAUUUGGGAAACCCAACUUUGGAGGUAGCUCAUCGGCAUUUGGCGCACAGCCCGCUGCAAAUACUUUCAAUGCCUUUGGGAGCUCAAUGACCACGCAAGCCACUGCGCCAUCUGGAUCUGUCUUUGGACAACCCCAGUUUGGCUCUGGACAAGCCACUGGAUCUGCAUUCGGGGCUCCCAAGUUUGGGAACACUUCAGUUGCUGGAAAUACAUUUGGCGGCCAGAGUGGGUCGGCAUUUGGUACUCCAUCGUUUGGCUCUAGUCAAAAAUUUACUGCAGCAUCCACAGCCAAUUCACCAUUUAGCUCAUUACAGAAUAAUGCAGCUGCAAACAACUCACUGGGUGAAUCAGCUCAGUCCAGCUCUCCCUUCGGAUCAUUACAAAAUAAGAGUUCUGGUACCUCCAAUACCUCUCCAUUCGCAUCGCUGCAGAAAGACAACACACCUGGUAUUACAGCCUCUCCGUUUGCAUCUCUACAAAAUGGCAAGAACACGAUGAACUCUGGCAAUGCUUUUGGUCAGCCAGCCAACGCUAACGCAAUACCUUUUGGUAACAUGAACACGACCAACACCUUCGGUUCCCAAGCUAACGGGACAUCAUCUUUCAGCAACUCUUCUGCAUUCAACAAUGGGGCUAGGUCACCGUUCGCACAGAAUACUACUGCAAGUACUACGUCGAUGCCCAUGACAACCAAUGGCACAGUACCGAAGUUUGCACAGGGUCUUCCGUCGAAAGAAGAUUCACUGAAAACCGAAGAUCUGGACAAGCAGACCUUGGAGCAGUUCCAAGCUUCCGCAUUCACACUGGGGAAGGUGCCAGAUGUGCCACCUCCAUUAGCUCUAGUAUCGUGA